CUCCGCCGCGACCGCCAUCUUGCUGCCGCCGCGUGUUGCCGUCGGAGGAAGCCCCCGCCUCGGCUCCAGGUAAAGCGGCUGCUGCCGGAGCCUCGGUCUCGGCGCCUCCGAUCUGCUGACAGCAUGAAUCAGGAGAAGCUAGCCAAGCUUCAGGCUCAGGUCCGGAUAGGAGGCAAGGGCACGGCGCGUAGAAAGAAGAAGGUCGUACACAGAACGGCCACAGCAGAUGACAAGAAACUUCAGAGUUCUCUCAAAAAGUUGGCUGUGAAUAAUAUUGCUGGUAUUGAAGAGGUGAACAUGAUUAAAGAUGAUGGAACUGUUAUUCAUUUCAACAACCCCAAAGUCCAGGCUUCCCUCUCUGCCAAUACCUUUGCAAUCACUGGCCACGCAGAAGCAAAGCCAAUCACAGAAAUGCUUCCUGGAAUAUUAAGCCAGCUUGGUGCUGACAGCUUAACGAGUCUUAGGAAGUUAGCCGAACAGUUCCCACGACAAGUGUUGGAUAGCAAAGCACCCAAGCCCGAAGACAUUGAUGAAGAGGAUGAUGAUGUGCCAGAUCUCGUAGAAAAUUUUGAUGAAGCAUCAAAGAAUGAAGCGAACUAGAGCCUGAUGAUUCUUGGCGGUCAGCAUGGACUAGGUUGGAGAAAGGAGCAGGUGGCUCCAGAGCUGUACAGCGGCAGAGAACGUCGCCUGUUAAUAGUUCAGUAAUAUAAAUAUUUUGUAUAUUAAUGAUGCUGUUUGUUCAGCAUUUUUCUGUCAGUUGAUUUUGCAUUUUGCACUUCUCCCAGGAUCUACUCUUUUGGUCAAAAUACGAAGUAUUGGUGCAGCUUUGAGGGUUUUUGUGUGCGCGCGUGUGUUGUGUGUGGGUGUACGAGCGUGUGGGGGGGUGUACAGUGGAGAGCAAAUUGGCUAACAGUUCUAUCGAUCCUCCCCCUGCCCCCCAGUAGAAAAUAAAACAAAUCUUUAAGUCUCUUCCUUUUUAUCUUUGGCCAAUAGUGCACAGAAAUAGUGAAAAGUGAGUGUCUUGUCUAGACUUCAAGAACUCAAGACAUCGGAACGUCCAAGACCGUGUUUCAAUUGGCUGUGUUAACUAUUGUGUUUGCAAAUCCUUUUCUGUGUUUUUAAUGUCUUUCUGAGAGAUGGGGGCAGACCUCCUGCCAGGGUGUGGGCUGGGGAACAUCUUUGGUCUUGCUGCCUUUCACUCCAUGGUUUCUUUCCCUUCUUUUUUCCCUAAAUAUCUCCCUGCCCCCUUUCAUCUUAAAGCGGUUUGAUCAGCCUUUGUUAGUGCUCCUCAUCACCUCUCAUCUAGACAAGAAAGUUGUUCUCCAUUUAGAGGUGUAUGAACAGCUAGACCCAUCUCCUUGUAAAAUGUUAUUUCUCUUGUCCUGGGGAACAGCAGGCCCGCUCUUGACCUUCCAUUUGCCAUGGAUCGUGGCAGUCAGUGGAUUUAAAUCCAGGGGAGCUGGCACAGGCUGGCACGCCUCUGCCAAGAGACUUGAAUCCCAAUAGUCCUCAUAGUUCCGAAGGACACAGACAGCUCUCUUUCUAGUAAGUUUGGAACUGGCAGCCUGUUGAAUUGGAAGCAAAUGGGGCCAAGAGCCCUCCCUCGUAUCCACUGGGAUAUCUGGGGGAUGAUGACGUUGGCUCUGAAAUGGUUUCUUUGACCUGCUUCCCCGCCAUUGGCCUUGAAACCUACCUCUGGGUUGAACAUCCCUGUUGUAGCUCGCGGCACCUGCCAGUGUGUGUAUAGAGUAGAUCAGUGUUUGGUGGGCUUGCUGGCCCCAGGCAGCGGCCCCGACUUCCUCCUGAAGGCCCCGGGGGCUCCUUCACCAGAAUUGCCCUCAAGGCCUCGGAGGAAAGCCUGGCAUUGUGACCAAUCCGACCUUCGCUGGAGCAGACAUUGAGGGGGAGACUGAGGAUCUGCAAGGGCCUCUCUGACCAUCGUCCAAACUAGCCGUGGCUUCCCUUCAUGGUGACGACUCUGCACCUGCCUAGCUUUGGAGACCAAGAAUACCCUGGAGGUCUGUAGACGACACCAGCAGAGAAAGAGAGAGCCAGAGAGCCGGAGCUCUUGUGGUUUGUCGUCCAAACUCCUCCAUGGAUUUUAUAGACUUGUUCAUUUUCCUGUUAUGUUUUAUAUAAUAUAUGGACUUAACUCUAAAAUAAAAUAACCGUACAAAAGAA